AUGGCCGAUUCAGGCAGCUGGCAGCGCUACAACCGAGAUGCUUCAAUUUCUAUUACAGUGUUGGGUGUUGUCUUCGUGGGACUGCGAUUUUCCUCGAGGCAUUUGGGAAAGGUGCCUCUGGGAUUAGAGGAUGCACUGAUUGUGGCUGCGUUGCUCCUACUCCCCGCAGAAGUAUUCUACUGUACCUCCCUCAUCCUCACCAAAACCUCCAUCCUAGCAAUGUACCACCGGAUCUUCCACAUCCAUCAGCCCACACGCAUAGCCGUGUACGUCCUGGGAGCGAUCACGAUCAUCAGAGCCGUAUCUCUCAUUAUUGCCUCCAUCUUCCAAUGUAUUCCUGUCGCUCGGGCAUGGGACAAAUCCCUCCCGGGACGGUGCAUUAAUCUAAAGGAUACAUUCAUUGCAAAUGAUAUUGUGAAUGCUAUCACUGAUGUGGUCAUUCUGGGGCUUUUGAUCGGCAGAGUAUGGAAAGUGCAGGCUGGGUGGGGGGUUAGAAUUAGUGCGAUAGGGAUGAUUUCUUUGGGUGGCUUUGUGGUUUUCACGAGCAUAUAUCGCAUCAUCACGCUAGUCGAUAUCGAUUUUGAUGACUUGACAUGUACAUUGGCCCGUCUAUCCCUUGGCUAGCUCCAAGUAACGUGCUGAUGAAUCGCAGAUACUUUGGGCCGAUCGAACGCAUGGUGCGUUAUUGAAGUAUCUUCGGGGAUUAUAUCUGCUUGUCUCCCAACUCUGCGUCCGCUGGCAAGGGCUCUGUUUCCCCGAGCGUUCAGCAGAAAGCUGUCCUCUCAAGGACAGGGGAAUUCAAGCUAUCCUAAACCAGGGAAUGGUGGGUUAUCAGGUGAUUCUAGCAGAGACAGAGUGUAUAAGAGACCAGAUGUGGGUGUGGAGUCUGAUGGGGAUGAGUACCCAUUGACAGUGGUUAAGGUGAGAGGGAGAGUCGAAGGAAUCGGGUUUCGAUAGCGACUGGGUAUUAUGUUGGGCGAGAUUAUUGUCCAUCACAAAUAGCGCUUCCUCAUUACAUUGCUAGACACUCUGCUUCAGCCCUGAUACACAGCAAUCCUUGAUUUCACUCGUUGAAUUCU